UUCUCAUUCUCUUCUUCUUCCUUUUUCUCUCACCAAUAAUCUCUUUCAGUUCCCCACUCCUCUUGCUCGAUCGCGGCCUCUCACUCUCUCUCUAUGAAGCCAUAGUCACCUUAAUCGCGCGCCAAUUCUCCAAAGAUUACUAAGGAAGUUAUUCAUGGCCCCAGUAAGGAAAACAAAGGGUGUGAAUAAGAGGUUUCCUUAUAAUAAUGAGGUUGCGUCUAACAAAUAUGGAGAUAAUGCGAACAAAAAUAAGCAGAAGAAGAGAAAGCUGUCUGAUAUGUUAGGGCCUCAAUGGACCACUGAAGAGCUGAAGCACUUCUACGAAGGAUAUCGCAAGUAUGGGAGAGACUGGAAGAAGGUUGCUUCUGUAGUACGUCACCGAUCUGUGGAGAAUGUAGAAGCCCUUUACACUAUGAAUAGGGCCUACUUAUCUCUUCCUGAGGGCACUGCUUCUGUGAUUGGCUUAACAGCAAUGAUGAGUGACUACUACGCUAUGCUGGAAAGAAGUGAGAGUGAACAAGAAAGCCUUGACGAUGCAGGAACCUCUAGAAAGCCUCGAAAGCUUGCCAGAGGGAAAUUACGGAAUGACGCCUCAAAAGGAUUGGAAGGACACAUUCCAGAUAUUUCUCAGUCCCGUUCAAUUGCAUCAGAUGGCUGCUUAUCAUUGUUGAAAAAUAGGCGCACUGGAAUCAGGCCUCAUGCUGUUAAAAAAAGGACUCCUCGAGUCCCGGUUGCUUCUAAUGAUAAAGAUAACAGCAAAAAGUAUUUUUCACCGGCCAGGCAAGGUAUAAAAACCAGUACAGAUGGUAAUGAUGUUAACAAUGCUCAGGAGAUAGCAUUUUCCUUGACUGAACCCUCACAGAGAGGUAGUUCUCCCCAAGUUUCCAGGACUCCCAAAUUAAAAGCUAAAGGCAGUACUCCAUCACCUGUUCAAAAUGGCGAAAGGAUGUUUGCAGCAACAGAUAUGAAAAUUGCCAGGCCCCAUGGUGGGGAAUUGGAUGAGGUUGGUUGUGAGUUAAGCUUAGGCGGCAUGCAGGCUGAUUAUGGCAUGGAGAGAUACUAUUUAAAGAGGCAAAAAAGGGAAGAAAGCGAAAACAAUCAUUUGGAAGACGUAAAAGAAAGUAGUAGUGGAACAGAGGAAGAACAAUAUAAUUUAAGUACUGUCAAGGGAAAACUAGGAACUAGAGUUGUGGGUGCAAAAAAGGCAAGUUCCUUCCACAAGAAGAAAACUAAAACAGCAAAUGUUGGAAGAGAUGAAGACUCUUCCUUUGAUGCGUUACUUACUCUGGCAGAUCUAUCCUUGAGGAUGCCUGAAGCAACUGCUGAAUUGGAAUCGGCUGCACCUGUGGAGGAAGAAAACUUCAACAUUGCUAAGAAGUCUAAACUCAAAGGGAAUUCUUCAGUAACCAUGGUUGAAGAUACCACUAUGAAAACAUCUCAGUUUAACUCUGGAAUACAAAAAAGAAAACAGAAGUCGCCAGUUAAAUUGCAGAUAAAUGAGAAUGAAGCUCAGACUGAGUUUCCUUGGAGUGACAAUCAAAUGAUUGAGGCUACAGAUGAGGUGAACUAUGUGAAUAAAGGUAAACGGUCUUCUCAUUAUAACACACACCAAAAGCAUGGGAAAUUGGUGAAGCCUGUAGGAAACUCAUCUCCUGCUACAGAUCGUGGAAGGCAAGAGAAAAAUUCAGGUUUAUCAACUGUAGAAGUACAAUAUGCAAACCAGGCCAACUUAUCCUUGAGAGACAGGAGUAAACGGAAGGAGGACAUACAGAAAGAUGCAAAGUCUCUGCAGAGCACAUCAUAUGACCAACCUAAUAAACUGCGAAGACUUUCUAAUUGCUUAUCUCGUUAUCAAGCACGGAGAUGGUGUGCUUUUGAAUGGUUUUAUAGUGCAAUUGAUUACCCAUGGUUUACUAAAAGGGAGUUUGUUGAGUACUUGAAUCACGUUGGAUUGGGUCAUGUUCCAAGAUUAACUCGUGUUGAAUGGGGUGUUAUAAGGAGUUCCCUCGGGAGACCACGGAGAUUUUCUGAUCAGUUUUUGAAGGAAGAAAAGGAGAAACUUCAUCAGUACCGGAAGUCAGUUAGAAAGCAUUAUGCUGAACUUAAUGCUGGUACAAGGGAAGGACUUCCAACUGACUUAGCUCGGCCUUUAUCAGUUGGACAACAUGUUAUUGCUUUUCACCCCAGGUCUAGAGAGAUCCAUAACGGAACUGUACUAAGCAUUGAGCAUAGUACGUAUCGUGUUCAGUUUGACCAGCCUGAAUUAGGAGUUGCAGAUAUCAUGGAUAUUGAUUGCAUGCCGUUAAAUCCAUUGGAAAACGUACCUGCUUCUUUCACAAAGCAAAACAUCAUUUUCAACAAAUCUGAGAACUUCAAGGAGCUCAAGAUUAAUGAACAACACAAAGAAGGGAAGACUGAAGGGUAUAUGAAGGUUGUUUCUACUGGCAACCUGAACAGCCCUGCUGUUCCUUGUCAUAUUCCUCCGUCAACUCCUCAAACCAACAAAUCAUCAAAGCAUAUAGAGAUGCAAGCUAAGGAAGCUGAUGUACGAGCUCUGUUUGAGUUGACCUGUGCCCUUGACAAAAAGGAUGCCGUGGUUUCUGAGUUGAGGCGCAUGAAUGAUGACGUGUUUGAGGAAAAGUGCCGAGACGGACAUGACUCUAUCAAGGAUUCUGAGUCUUUUAAAAAGGAAUAUGCUGCCGUGCUAUUACAGCUGAGCGAAAUCAAUGAUCAGGUUUCUUCUGCUCUUCUUUGCUUGAGACAACGAAACACAUAUAGAGGGAGCUACCCACUUAUAUCGGCAAAUCCCCUGUCCGGCUUUAGUGACUCCAGUGGCCAUUCAAGCUCUUUGUGCCAUGUCCAAGAACCGGCUACUCAUGUGUAUGAAAUUGUUGAAAGUUCAAGAGCAAAAGCGAGGGAAAUGGUUCAUGUAGCUAUGCAGGCAAUCUCAUCCUUGAAGAGGGAGAAUAACAUAGAGAGAAUUCAGGAGGUUAUAGACUUUGUAAGUAAACAGCUCUCAGAGGAUGAUGCUGGCAGGCUAUCAAUGGGAUCUACCCCUGCCGCUCCAAUUCUGGUUUCUGAGGAUCAAUCAACUGCUUGUACAGAAAAAUCUGAUCCUAUGUCAAAGAGUUUAUCCAACCAAAGUGAAGACCAAUUCCUUUCAGACCUUAUCGCAAAUUGUGUGGCAGCUUUGUUCAUGAUUCAGACAUGUACAGCACGACAUUUUUCACCGGCUGAUGUUGCCUGGGUAUUAGAUCGUGCCGUCACUAGUUUGAAGCCAAUUUGCACACAGAACCUACCAGUCUACGGAGAAAUCCAAAAGUGCAUGGGAAUCGUUAGGAGUCAGAUACUGGCGCUUGUGCCUACAUAGCUUCGUUCUACCUAGAUACGUGUAUAUCAGUAUAUAAGUAUGUAUCUAAGAGAUGUUGUAUGUAUAACCAUAAUCAGCUCACGAAUCUAACAUUUCAUUAUUUGUAUUUAUGGUAAGAGUAUAAAUGUUGUAGAAGAGCAGUUGGCGUGGCGAAGAGUUUAUCCUUGUAGCUAGGAGAAACACGCACAUGACA